AAGAACUGCAAUUCAGCUUUUGUCUGAUCUUAAUGUAAAUAAACAUGAAAUGAUGAAAUUUUCAGGUCACCAUUCAGUUAAUAGACUACGAUCAUAUAAAGUUCCUAAUAAUGAGCAAUGGCUCAAAAAUACUACUUUACUAAUCAAUGCAAUUCAAGAUUCUCAAGCUCAAACUUCAGAAUCUCAAGUUCAAACUCCAGAAUCUCAAAUCAAAACUCCAGAAUAUCAAGUUCAAACUCCAGAAUCUCUAGUCGAAACUUCAGAAUUUCAAAUUAUAACACAAGAAUUUCAAGUUUCACCCCUGGAAUUUCAAGUUUCGACUAAUGAAAAUUUUUGA